AUGACAGAUCUUCUCCUUUGGGAUCACCCUGUGAGUCCCUUUGCUCAAAAAGUCCGCAUCGCCCUUCGCGAGAAGAACAUUCCCUUCGAAGCCAAGACUCCGAAAGGCGGCGGCAGUGGCAAUCUUGCACUUCUAGACCCGGAGUUCGUAAAGCACAACCACCGCCUUGAAGUUCCCGCAUUGGUCGACCGCGACAUCAAGAUCUUCGAUUCGACGAUCAUCCUUGAGUACAUCGAAGAUAAAUAUCCCGAUGUACCGCUCCGGCCAGCGGAUGCUCCAGGGCGCGCGAAAGCACGGAUGAUCGAAGACGUGUGCGACUCGCAGUACGAAGCGAUAAACUGGGGUAUGGGCGAGAUCGAAACGUUCAAGCGAGCUGACGGCGACUUGGCAGCGAGGAUGAAGGAGAAGGCUAAGCAGCAGGCAACGCAGAUCCAGGCCUGGCUUACGGAACAGCUUGGUGAUGCCGAGUGGUUUGGGGGCGACAUGUUUGGCUAUGCGGACAUCUGUGUAUGGCCCUUCGUGAACCGAUCGACAUCGUACGGCCUGGAGCCUGAACCUGGGACGCCGCUCAGGAAUUGGUACGAACGGGCAAAAGAACGGAAGUCGGUGAAGUCGGUAUUUGAAGAGUUCUCGGCAGGGGUAAAGGUUGUGACUGCAGCUUACGAGUUCUUACAGAAGGGUCUGCUCAAGAGGGAGUACCGGGAUCAUCGGCUGGAGUGGAUGAUCAAGUCUGGUGGUAUUGAUGUUGUGAGACACGGGCUCGAGAAGGACAACAUACGAUUUCAAUGGCCAUCCUAA